AUAAUAAUCAAUAUUUGGCUCUUAGAAUUCCAGAUGUAUCAUUAAAAUGAAAAAAAGACUGGCAAAAAAAUAAAUAAAUAAAUACAUAAAUAAAUAAAACAUUGUCAAUCUAGAUCUUAAGUCUAGAUAGAAUAGUACUGUACUGAUAUUUUAAUUUAUAAAACUAGACUAGUAGAGAUCUAAAUCUAUUUAGACCUAUUAUAGAGACCUAAAAGAUCUAGAUUCUAGAAUCAAUCUAGAUCUAGAUCUACAAACAGUGUACACGACGAAUGUCUUGAAACUAUUGAAACUUUAAAAAAAACAUCUAAUGUUUAGUCUGCAUUACAUUUCAAUACUAUAAUCAGUACAUUGAAAGAGAAAUGUCACCAUGUCUUCAAGCAUUUCUGAUAAUCUAACAAGUACUCAGAAGGCUAGAAUAGAAAUCAAUAAAAAAAAGGCUCUGCUUCUUAGGCAAUCAAAAAUUACCAAAAGGCCUCAUGAAAAAGACCAGAAAAGUUGCAUUGAUGGGAAAGUCAAGCGAGCACCUGUUGAUGUUGACACUGGAGCAGGUUUUUUCUUAGAAAGUUCAGAUGACACAAUAGACACUAAAACUACUAAACAAGGGAUAACAAUCAUACAUGAGCCUGGUCCUUUAAUUGAAGUUGACAACCUUUUUUGUGAAGAAUGUAAUAAAGAAUUUUUAGAUUCAUAUUUGUUUUCUAAGUUUGACCAUCCAGUAUGUGACUCAUGUCGAGAUGAAGAAAAACAUAGUUUAAUCACAAAAACAGAUGCAAAGAAUAACUAUUUGCUUAAAGAUGAGGACUUUGACAAACGAGAGCCACCACUGAAAUAUAUUGUUAGAAAAAAUCCCCACAAUGACAAAUGGGGAGACAUGAAACUAUACUUGAUGCCCCAGGUUUGGAAAAGAGUACUGGAAGUGUGGGGUAAUGAAGAAAGUUUAGAAGCAGCCAGGGAGGAAAGAAGUUCUAACAGAGAAAAGGCCAAACAAAAGAAAUUCAAUAAAAAAUUAAAAGAAUUACGUAUGUCAGUACGAAGUAGCUUGUGGAGAAAAGAUUUGUCUGGCCAUCAACACGAGUAUAGGGAUGAAAUUUAUGAUGAAGAUGAAGACAUGUAUUCAAAGACAUGCUCCUCUUGUGGCCAUGUAUGGAGUUAUGAGAAAAUGUAGUUACAUUCAGUCAUUGGCAUUAUUUGUUCAUACUUUUUAUGGCAUUUGUUUUUUUUACAAGUCUUUAUUUAAGCUUACAUAUUGAAGAAAUUUAUCCCGUAACAUUGAUAAUUUAAGCAACCAUUUUAAUUAAAAUGUCUUGUAAAAUAGUUGUAAUUUCGUAUACAUUUUAUUAAGUUAAUCAUUUUUAGUAAUGAUAAAAAAUGUUACAAACUCUUUGUUAAUUAGUUGGCAUAUAGAUUUAUUUAUUAUUACUAUCUUCAUGCUAGUUAUACUGAUUUAGUAUUAAUUGUUUCCUUGUUUUGAUUGCUAUCAACUUGAUUUUUGAAGAGCUUAUACAGCUGUUUAUAGCUAUACACUGAACUUGAAAACUAAAUUAAUAUAUAUAAAAACAACAAAAGCC